ACCCGAUCGAAAAUGGACCUGAGCCUCUGCCUCUCAAACUCUUGGUCCAAAUCCAAACUCCUAAUCCGAUCCCUAAUCCCUCAGUGACUCAGUCCAUCUCUCGACCAUUCCCUCAGUCUCUCUCUCUCUCUCAAACUCGAGCCUCAGUUCGAAGAAUCGAAUCCCUCGACCCAUUCGAUUUCAUUUCACAUCAAAGCGAUUCGAUUCACAUCAGUCGAUCAAUUGUUGCAGUACUGCUGGUGUUCCAAUCUCGAGUUGUCAACAAUUCAAGAAAUCUUACAAUCAAGGCUUAGAAGUCAGCACUGGAGCAACGUAGGAGUACUGUAGUUGGUCGGUUUGGACCAAUAGGUCAGUUUCAAAGUGAUAUAUAUUUGUAAAGUUAGAUGAUGAAAAUGUUAUAUAUUAUAUAUAUGUUUGAUGUUUGUAUUAAUAUCACAAUGUUUGAUGUUUGUUUCUUUUUUCUGCAAUUAUUAAAAUGUUUGAUGCUUGUCUGUUUUGUUUGAUUCUUUUUUCAAGUUUAUUUGGAUCAUAAUGUUGUUUAUUUGUUUCUUUUUUCCUGCAACUAUUAAUAUCUGACAAUGUUCUAUGUUUGUAUGCUAUGUUUGUUUCUUUUUUCUGCAAUUAUUAAAAUGUUUGAUGUUUUUUUGUUUUGUUUGAUUCUUUUUUCUGCUGCUAUAAAUAAUGUUUGGAUGUUCCACUUGUUUCUUUUUUCUGUAGCUAUGGGUACUCAAAGUGGUAAUUUGAGUCAGACUAGUAGCUCAAGCCCUUCGAUUAGUUCUGGCAUACAUAUGACGGGUACUGCAGCUUUGGAUCAUUCCCCUUUAGGACAAGCACCUUUAGGACAACCACCACCUUUAGGACAAACACUCCCACCUUUAGGACAAACUUCAGGUUCAGCUGCUGAAUCUGAUCCUACCAACUCCCAAUCCCAGGGAGCAGCUACUGCUGGGCAGAAAAGAAAAGAUCCUGCAAACAAAAGCCCUCUUUGGGCACAUUUUACUAGAUGUAAACUCCCGAACUCAGACCUAAUAGAUAGUUGUUGGUGUACUUGCAAUUCUUGCAAUGAGAGAGUGUUAUGUGAUACUAAAAAGAAUGGCACAAGCUCGAUGUGGGCACAUACUAGGAAAUGUGCUACUCAUCCAUUACAUGCAGAACCUGAUCCUAAGCAGGCUAAGUUGAAUAGAGAUAAUGUGAGUGGAGGAGCCUCAUACCAUAAGUAUAACAAAAAGAGGUGUGAUGAUAGGUGCAUCGAUAUGAUUAUCAAGGAUGAGCUCCCUUUUAGGCACGUGGAGAAGGAGGGAUUCAAAGCUUUCUGCAAAGAGUUAGAACCUCAAUGGCCUGGAAUGGACAGAAAGCAGGCUGCCAAGGGUGUGCUAGAUAAGUACAAUUUUGAGAAGGCUGUUUUGUUGAGUCAAUUGAAGGCAAAUGAAACUCGGAUCUCAAUUACUACCGACACCUGGACAUCGAUCCAGAAUAUAAACUACCUGGUACUAACAGCCUACUUCAUGGAUAGUGACUGGAAAUUGCACAAAAGGAUCAUCAACUUUUGUACAAUUACUAGUCACAAAGGAGAGGAGAUUGGAAGGGUAGUAGAGCAGUGUUUGAGGCAAUGGGAGAUCACCAAAGUUUUUACAAUCACAGUAGACAAUGCUAGUGCUAAUGACUUAGCUGUGGCAUACAUGAAGAGAAGGUUGACCAGUUACAAGACUUUGAUGUUUGAGGGAGAGUUUUUACAUUUAAGAUGUGCAUGCCACAUUAUAAAUUUGAUAGUUAAGGAUGGUCUGAAGGAGUUACAAGAUGGGAUUGCUGCUAUAUGGAACUGUGCCAAGUAUGUUAGGAGUUCAUCAAGUCGUCUUGACAAGUUCAGGGAGUUUGCUGUUCUGGAACAGUGCAGGGCAAAUGCCAAUGUUCCAUUAGAUGUAAUCACAAGAUGGAACAGCACAUACCUCAUGCUUGAAGCUGCACUUAAGUAUGAAGCUGUGUUCGGCAGAAUGGGUGAAGAAGACUGCAAUUUUAAAGCUUAUUUCGACGAAAGGGACAGAAAUGGCAAACCCAGGGUUGGACCACCAUCUAGUGAGGAUUGGAGGAAUGCAGAAGCAUUUUGUUUGUUUUUGAAGAAGUUUUAUGAAGCUACUGUGAAGCUGAGCGCUUGGAAGAAGAUCACUGCAAAUAUAUUAUUUGUUGAAAUGGUUACAUUGCAAACUGAGAUUGACAAGGCUAUCAUUGCAGAAGACCCUAUUUUGAAGAGGGUUGCCACUUCAAUGAAGACCAAGUUCAACAAAUAUUGGGGAAGCUUCGAAUCGGUGAACAAGAUAAUCAUGAUAGCUAAUGUUCUUGACCCAAGAUACAAGCUGCAGUGGGCUAAAGUAGCAAUGCAAAAAGUCAAUGCAAGCUAUGAGACAAUUCAUUCAAUACAAGGGGACUUAAAGAAAAUUUUGCUGAAGAUGUAUGAUGAAUACAAGGCCAAUGAAGGCAGCAACGAAGCUGAACCGUACAUGGGAGAAGGUCUAGGAUUCGAAGGGGAUGACUUGGAGAAUCUUGAUGAAGUCAGCAAACAAAUAGCAAGAGAGAGGAUGGCAGAGCAGUCACAAUGCAUACGAAAUGAGGUUGAUCAGUAUUUAUCGGAUAGGUAUGUUAGCCUCCUUGCAAAGAAUUUUGAAAUUCAUAAGUGGUGGAAGGCCAAUGAGUUAACUUAUCCAAUCCUAUCAAAGUUAGCAAAGGAUGUUUUUGCUGUUCCUUGA